AGUGGACAGCAGUUUCGACCUCGGCUAGUUCUCAUCAGUACCUGCAGUUGGAUUCGAUACUGGGAUGAAUGUUGUGACGAUGUUAAAUACUCUACUACAUGGCCACGAGUGCCAGGGUCACAUGACCGAUUCGGCUAUCAAGAUUAGAUAGAAUACAUUUUAAUCUUUAUUCCUAUUGAUUCAGAUGAAAGCAAACCCCUGAUGGCUGGUACCCGUGCCUCCGAGGCGCAAUACCGUGACAUUCCAGAAUGGAAAAAGGCUGUACAAGGAGGGACGCGAACCGGCGCCGUUGGAAAAAAAAUUGUCCGAUCUAUUUUAGAACAACGCCAAAGUCUUCCGAUAUACAAGCUGAAGGACGAACUAAUUAAGGUGAUCUUCGUCUGUACCAAUAUUCUGGGUUUUGAUUACUAA